AUGGUUGCCGGACGAUUCCUUUUCGUUAGUAUCCUCGCUUUGAGCCAGAGCGCCCUCAGCCUGGCUGCAGGCUCUGGUGCAUCUGGUAUUCUUUCCAGCAUCAACACCAUCUCCGACGAGAUUGUGAAGCUUAACUCCACUCUGAACGGAUUCGCCGACAAUGCUCAAAUUACUAGCUCUGCCCUCAAGCUCCAAGGCGGAGCCUCCGACUUGCUGAAAGACAUCAAGAACGGAGCCGAAGAAGCCGACAAGGUCUCCAGCCUUGAGCCAGCUGACCAAGAGAAGAUUGCAACUGCCAUCGUUCCUCUCUCGGAGAAGGUUGUCUCGUUGAUUAAUGGAUUCGUUAGCAAGAAGCCUGUUUUCCAAAAGGCUCUUCUUGGAGGAUCCGCCGAUGGUCUUGUUGAGAAGGACUUGAAGGAUUUGAAGGAGGCUACUGAUAGCUUUGGCCAGGCGGCUCUCAAGUCCUUCUCCGGUGUCCCUAAGGAUAAGGCAACUUCCGUUUUGAAGGAGAUUGAUGAGCACUUUGCCGAUGCGAUCGAGACUUUCUCUACUUAG